AUGCAUUACUCCAUUAGCUUGCUGGCAUUUGCUGCCAUCGGCCUCGCCUUUGAGUAUCCCGACUUUGUUCCCCUCCAUCGUCGUCAGGAGCCAGGCACUCCUCUAUACGAAUGUCACGCCAACUGCGGCGGUGUCAUCACCCAGUCUCGCACGGAGGACUUCUGUAACGGCGACCUAUUCAACAGCUACUACAGCGCCUGUAUGACGUGUGCAUUGACCUACGACAUCUGGCAAUACUACGGCAAUAGUGUGACGACCGCUGGGGAGACUUGCGGCCUUGAUACCACUCCAGAACCAGCUGCGGCCACAACCUCUGAUGUCGCAACUCCAACCUCUGAUGUGAUCUCUGUGUCUGUCAUUUCAGAUGUCCCAGCUACCCCAGCGCCCACUCCAUCCGAGACCACAACUGCGGUGACCAGCUCUGCGGUGACUGGAGGCGAAUCGUCAUCUGACAUUGUCACUGCUUCGACCGGUGCAGACGCCACUUCGGCCUCCACUACCUCUUGGGUUUCCGCUACUUUGCCAGCCUCUUCGACUGGAGCAGACACCACUGCAGUGACCAGCUCUGCAGUGACUGGAGGUGAAUCGGCAUCUGAUAUUGUCACCGCUUCGAUUGGAGCAGACACCACUUUGGCCUCUACUGCGACUUGGGUCUCCACCACUGUGGCAGCUUCUUCAACAUAUUCGAGUGUUAGCCCAGCCUUGUACACAGGAGCUGCCAGCAUUAACGACGCCAAAUAUCCCUUGUGGUCCCUUGGGGCCUUGUUGGUGGCCUUUUUCUAA